CUUGGAUUGGACAAGUUUGUCGAGUGCUGGCAGGUCGUACGGCGUGUUCUGUUGUGAUUGAUCAGUUUCUGAUCGUGUUUACAGUGUCGUGAGUUUGUUUUUGGUUGUGUAUUUACUAUUGCCCCUUUCAAAAACAUAGCAGGCGCUGAAUUGAGUUUCGUAUUGCGCGUAAUGGGUCAGUAUUCCUCAGUUGCUCUGAUUUACCACGUGGCAUUGAACCAGUUAGCAGUUAAAGACACUGCCAAUUAUCGACACCUAUCAAAGUUCUCAGCGUCGUUAAAGCGACGGUCGUCAUGGAAAGUGUGCUUGAUACUAAUUGCGUUUGCCAGUAGCACCAAAGCUAUAGCGUAUGAUCACUUGAAAUACGACGCCAGCGAUUCGAAUCCAAGUACCGAAAAGAUAGAGGUUACAGAAGACAGUACAAUUUUCGAAAUAACCUUUCUGCCAGAUACCACUGAGUCUACGGAAUCGGUAGAAGAUACAGUCUCGACAAGCUUGCCAACAACGACUGAUCCUCAAAACGAUAGAAACGAUUUCUAUUGCCGCGAGGAUCUUUGCUUGCAGUACGAUUUGUCGGGACAGUUGGUACAAAAGAAACAUGUCGCAUGCGGUCACGACGGAUCAUUCGCCGAAAGUUGUCUGCCAGGAAGGACAUUGUUCAAAAUUGAUUCCCAGAUUGAAGCUUUCAUCAUUCAUCUGCACAACGAAGCCAGAAACCGACUAGCUAAUGGAUCGCUUGAGGGUUUUGAAGCUGCCUUCCGGAUGCCAACCGUCAUGUGGAACGAUGAGCUGGCCACGUUAGCGGAGCUAAACGUGAAAAGUUGCCAGUUCAAACAUGAUGAGUGUCGAAAUACGGAUUUGUACCGCCAAGCAGGACAAAACCUGGCCCUCGGUUACUAUCCCAUUGAUGAAAAUAUUUUUGAUAUAAUACAAAAAUUGACAAGUCUUUGGUUCAACGAAUACAAGGAUGCAGAUCAGAAAGUGAUGGACGAUUUCGUGAAUCCGGCCAAUGUUACAAUCGGCCAUUUUACCCAGAUGAUGAGCGACCGGACUACUGCGAUCGGAUGUGGAAUCGUCAUAUAUCCACAGAAAGUAUCCGGUUACACAUUCAAAGUGGUACUGUACGCCUGCAAUUAUUCAAUUACCAGUAUCUACAGCCAACCGGUCUACCGCAAAGGACAAAUGGGUGCCAAAUGUGUGUCGGGCAUGAAUCCGCACUACAAUGGGUUGUGUAGCAUGGAGGAAAAUCAUUCAAUACAUUCCGUGCCAUUCUAUGAGUAGCACUUUAGUUAUAAUGUGUCAAUAAAUAUUCGGUUCUGUAAAGUUUUAUUGUAAACCAGAAAAAAAUAUGUUACAGGUUUGAAAAAAAAUCUUCCAAAACGGCCAAAUACGAUAUAAAUUAUCAUCGUAUAAACUGCCGUUCUACGCAUCAUUGUCCCAUGGAACAAGCGAAUUUCUAUAUAAAUAGGACAAAUAUACUCAGAAUCGCAAAGAUCAA